AUGCGUGUCAAGUCUUAUGUGACGGCCGCCCUCUAUGGGCUGCCUGCUCUGACAUCUGCCGCGCCGUCCCCUUCUUCCUCUGCUUCCGCGUCCUCGCCUUCUGCGGGACCAGAGACUGAUCACUUCAAGACUUACACCAUUAAAGCGGAAAACAUCACCGCCGAGCUGAUUCCGUAUGGAGCGCGUCUGACCUCUUUGCUGGUCCCUGACCGCAAUGGCAAGGUACAAGAUGUCGUUGUGGGCUACGAUGACCCCAAGGAGUAUCUUCACGAUAGCGAGACCAACCGCACUUUCUUCGGUGCGGUCGUUGGUCGCUAUGCCAACCGUAUCAAGAACGGCACCUUCACCAUCGACGAGAACACAUACCACGUUCCUGAGAAUGAGAACGACGGUAAAGACACUCUUCACGGCGGAAAUGUUGGCUACGAUAUGCGCAACUGGACAGUCACUGCGCAUACUGACUCCGCUAUCACCUUCUCCCUGCUCGACCAAGGCUUUGAGAAGUUCCCAGGCGAUGUCAUCACCCAUGCCACUUUCAGCGUCUCGACCGAGAAAAGCCCCGCCAACCCCAAGGGCCUUCCUCAGUUGACUUCGAAGAUUGUCGCCCUGUCACUCACGGAGAAGACACCCAUCAUGCUCUCCAACCACAUCUACUGGAACUUGAACGCGUUCAGGGAAUCCACCGUGCUGAACGACACCAGCUUGCAGCUGCCUCUUUCGCGCCGCUUCGUCGGUGGAGAUAGCAUUCUCAUCCCCAAUGGCACAAUCCACGACGUCGAAACCUCCUUCCAAGGCGCCCUCGACUUCACAAGCUCCAAGCUCAUUGGCGAAGACAUCGACAAGACCACCGGUCUCUGCGGUACCGGCUGCACAGGCUACGAUACCUGCUUCCUUGUCGACCGCCCCUCCACCAACUCAGCCGACUCCAUGAGCACCGCCCUGCGUGCUUCAUCGAGUACCACUGGUAUCACUCUUGAGGUUGCCACCAACCAGGCUGCCCUCCAGAUCUACACCUGCAGUGGCCAAAACGGGUCCAUUGGCACCAAGCAGUCGCAGGCUAAGCGCAACAAGGCGGAUGGCGGUGAUGCGGGUGCCACUCACGUCAACAAGUAUGGCUGCUUCGUCAUUGAGACCGAGGACUGGAUUGAUGGUAUCAACCAACCUCAGUGGGGACGUACCCCCUACCAGAUCUUUGGUCCUGAGGAUGGCCCUGCUGUGAACUGGGCUACCUACCAGUUCGGCACCGACUGA